CUGGACCCGAUACUCCCCGCCUACCAAACUUGCGAGGAUCGAAAUCCAUUUUCGCUCGCCCCGCAGGGUCGUGGUAGACGGUCGUGUUGGUGCACCCCCCGGAGGACGAUCCGAGACGCGUGACGUUGGGGUGGAGCAAACCAUGGCCACAGAGAGGGGUUUACUUUCUGAUUCUGCCGUGGACGAAAAGAACGAGAACGAGUCCAACAACGAGGGACGUCGAGACCCAAUAAUGCCCACUCCAGCUAGAGUUGUCGAAGAAGAUCCAGAAAAUUACAACCUUAAUAACUCCGCGGUGGAUGUUGAUACAGAGCGGGAGCGAGGCGGCCCUCAUGCUGAAAAAAAUCUUCAUCCUGAAAAAGAAAAUCUUCAUCGUCAUGCUGCACAACGACCAGGAACUACUACUACACGAAGCCGCGAACAAAGCCCAAACAUGUACAAUUCUUGCAAGCUCGAUAUUCAUUUUUACUCAAGAAACUUGCUUUUGCAUCCGGAGAUUCUUCCUUCGGCUAAGCUUCGUCUUGUAGGCGCCUUCUCCUUUGACUAUGUUGCCCCCGCAGAUGAAAACGAAUCGGAUGCACUCCGGUCUCCGACGAAUAUCAAGCAUGUCAAUGACCUCGCCGCUGGUGCAGCAGGAGCUUCGAAUACAAGCAUCUCAAGCACGCCAUCCCCGGUAGGAGCGUCCACAAGCCCACCAUCUUUGUCGUUUCUGCGUCUUGACCUGUUCUGGGCAGGCACGGGAAACUCGGCCAAGCUGAGCGAUAACUCCAUGUUUGUUCGCAGGAAUAACUGGUUGGUAGAAGAAGAUUAUCGCAAGAAAAAAGUGUUGUAGUUAGAGCCACACAGUUGUUGUACCUUCAGCAACACAGCCCAUGACAGAGAAAACUUGUGAUGCAGGGAUCAUAAUGUAAAAAAAUAAAUAAAAAAACUUCUAACUGGGCUCGUGUGCAUAUUCGGCAUGAAAGAACUUGUCAGUCUUGCUUGGGCUGCAACACAAUCAAUGCACAACUGUCACACUACUUCUUUCUCGCGAUAAAGAUGUCUCUGCUGCCCCCGAUGGGGAGAACAGCAUAGCAGUCGUGUCAGCGGGGCCGCAAGUUGAGCACGAGAUAAAGUCUACUCUGGUUGAAGAACAAGAACCUCAAAAAGGAGAUGAUCUAAAAAUGACAUCAGAUUCAAAGACGCCAACAUUGGCACGGCUCACCGCCGCUGCAGAGAUAUUAGUGACGCCCGGGAAGAACGAACCAGCAGACACAUGGAUGCCAAAACUGGCUACAACUGUUGAAGCAGGAGAAGGAGGUUUUUCCACCAUGCUGCCGUAUGCGCCUCAAGAAAGCGAGUACAAGAGUUCGAAAGGCUACAGAUGUCGACAGAGGCUGACCGACCCCAAUAAUUGGUUGGCGUACCGGAGUCGAACCUUUAUUCCUGGAAUAGACCUAGGAGCACGAGGACCAGAUUUUUCGGCCGUGUCCUCAGCCGAGUAUGUUGCACCUGGUGAGGAGGAUACUUCCUGCUUGAAUAUUCACGGGAAGACACCAGGUUCGCAGGGGACCACACGUGCAGCCACGUCUUCACGCCGCGCAGCGCGCAGCGGCCGCGUGCGUCGCGCAGGGCGCCGCCGCGCGCCGCGCAUUAGUGCUGAAAGUGCGGCGGGACUUGUAGUUUCGGACGAUGCAGCUGUGUUCCACGAAGAUCCCGAGGCCGCCGCUGUG